UAUCACUGAGUCAAACCAGCAGAACUUGUGCGUAGGGUGAGUUUAUUGGAGCUGCCUGCUGACACACAGAGAUAUGAGAAAUAAUAUAAUAAAUCCAGUCACUGGUCUGUAUCACCUCGUAACUAAAUAAAUAAAGAAAUGGGAAUUAAAUUAAAAACGUUUAACACUGUCAUUGACUGGCCACACCUGCUGAGCUGCUUCCUUACAGUCAAACUUACUGAAGACAAUACAAACUUUAAAGUCUGGUUAUAUUUAUGGAUAAUAAUGUGUUAUGUUCUGUUUGGUUCUAUAGAGGUGGACCAGAACCAACUCACAAGAGGACAAGCCUCACAGACAAAGUAUCAAAAUAUCUCUACUUAUCAAUCUAUCUGCCUGUCUCUCUCUUUUCUUGUCUCUCUGUAAUCUUAGUGUGUCAGAUUCUGUCUUCCUGUCUGUCUGACACUGUCGAAUUCUUUUAUUAUUGUUUUCUGUUUGUCUCUGUCUUCCUGUCUUCUGUCUGUCCUUCAGUUGCUGGAUGUCCAUCUCUGUUGGUGUGUCUGUUUAUCCACUUGUCUCUAAUUCUAAACCUUGUUCACAGAUGAGUCAGGACACAGAGACACGAACAAGAACUCGCUCUAAAGCUGUUCGAG